AUGACAAAACCUGAACUUAAAACUCAAAAUGAUUUGAAAAAUUUGUUACAAUCAUUUAAACAAGCCACUGAAUUUUGGAUUCAAAGUAUAAACAUCAAUAAAUUUGAUGAAAUUAAUGGCUUUACUACAACCACAAUUGACAAUCCACAACAAGAAUUAAUUAAAUUGAUUAAAUUAAUUAAAGCCCAUACUACAAAAGUAGGGAUUAUUUUUAAACCAACAAAUUUAUUUAAAGAUCCAAAUGUUGCUUAUAAUACAUUAGAAGAAUUAUCUGAAACUUUGGUAUUAACAAUUUCUAUAAUUAAUCAACUUGAAAAUGAACAACAAGAAGAAGAAGAAGCCGAAGCCAAUAAAGAACAGAAGAAAAUUUCUAAGAUUUCAAAAAUUUUUUAUGAUGAAAUUAUUGAUCAAAUAAAAUUAUUAUUUUCAUCGAUAAUUGAAUUAAAUCAAGAAUUGAUAAUUAUCAUCAACAAUGAAAAUGAGAAAGACAAAACGAAUGAAGAUGGUGAAGAUAAUGACGACGACGACGAUGCAGGAAGAUUGAUAAGUGUUGGGAAAAUAUGGUCAAAUUGUGAUUCAUUAGAUCAAUUAUUAAAUGAAGGAGAUUUAGGAUUACUUACUACUAAAAUUAAACAAAGUAUAUCAUUACUUGAUGAUGGAUUUGAAGAAUUUGUAACUUGGGCUAAUAAUCCUGAAGAAAUUGAAGAUGAUCCAUUUGGAUUCAGUGAUGAUGAAGAAGAAGAGGAGGAAGAAGAACAAGACGAUGACAAUGAUAAUGAUUCACUUCAUUCAAUUAUAGAUACAAAAGAAUUAUCAGAAUUUGCUAAUAAAUGGGUUAAAAAAAUUGAAUUAAUUAAAUUAUUAAUUUCAUCAUUUAAAAAAUCAUCAUUACCACCACCAUUGAAAGCAAAUCCAAAUUCAAUUCUGGGUAAUACAAUUGAUGAAAUCAAUAAUUUACAAUCAAAUCUUGUUCAAUUAAUAGAUAAUUUCAUUAUUGAUUUAAUGAUUGAUAGAAAUAUUCAUGAUGAUGAAAUUAUCAGGUAUACUAAUAGAAUCAUUAAUCAAGCUAUAAAAUUAAGUGAAUUAGCCAUGAUUAUUUAUAAUCAUCAACCUUUGACAAAUUAUGAAAAAAAAUUGAAAUGGUAUGAAACAUUUAUUAAUAAAAUAUCUCUAUAA